GUUCAAAGUUUUAGCUUUUCUAGGGUUUAAGCCUUGCUGAGCUCCAAGUCCAAAAACGACGACGUAUCGGAAGCAGAAAUGGACGUCGAUAUGGACAUGGACACUUCUCCUAGCAACAUGAACCCUAAAGACCUCACUGUCAGAGAGCAAUUUCGCCGUUACGGGAAAAGGCACUCAGCUACAAGCAUAUCGCCCCUUCGAGAACGUUCAGUCUCAAAGUUCAGUGAAUCCAGGCUAUUGUAUGAUGGACAGAGUAUCCAUAGCCCAACUAAUGCGGCCCUUUUUCUUGAAAAUAUUAAACAAGAGGCUGAGAGCAUUGUUGCUGAUCGCUCAGAAGGAACACCUGCAAGGACACAAUCUGCUUCUAAAUGGAGAUCAUCCAUUGAUGGUCAUGGAAUGACAGAUAUGGAUACCGGUACUGAUUCAGUUCGCUAUUCGCUAAAAGCUUGUAAGCAUGAGGAUGACUCAUUCGCUGAUGUUGGAGAUACAACUUUUGCUCUAUUUGCAUCUCUACUUGAUUCUGCUAUUCAAGGUUUGAUGCCUAUUCCUGAUCUGAUACUAAGAUUUGAGAGAUCUUGCCGAAAUGUUUCAGAGUCAAUGAGAUAUGGGUCCAAUGUACAGCAUCGGGUAGUAGAGGACAAAUUGAUGAGGCAGAAGGCUCGACUCCUGCUUGAUGAGGCUGCUUCCUGGUCUCUUUUGUGGUACCUCUUUGGGAAAGUGUCGGAAGAACUCCCAAAAGAGCUAAUCCUGUACCCCCAAACAUCACAUUUGGAGGCAUGCCAAUUUGUUGCAGAAGAUCAUACAGCACAAUUAUGUCUCCGAGUUGUUCAAUGGCUUGAAGAUUUGGCUUCCAAAGCACUUGACUUAGAAAGCAAGGUGCAAGGAUCUCAUGUUGGUACCUAUCUCCCCAGCUCUGGAGUUUGGCAUCAUACUCAACGGUAUCUUAAGAAAGGAGCCUCCAAUACAAACACCGUUCAUCACUUGGAUUUUGAUGCUCCAACACGCGAACAUGCUCAUCAGCUACCUGAUGAUAAAAAACAAGACGAAUCUCUUUUAGAAGAUGUCUGGACCCUUUUAAGGGCUGGAAGACUGGAAGAGGCAUGUGAUCUUUGCCGGUCUGCUGGACAGCCAUGGAGAGCUGCAACAUUAUGCCCAUUUGGAGGGUUGGACCUAUUUCCUUCUGUUGAAGCCUUGGUGAAGAAUGGAAAGAACAGAAUUUUGCAAGCUAUCGAACUGGAAAGUGGCCUAGGUCACCAAUGGCGUCUCUGGAAAUGGGCUUCCUAUUGUGCAUCAGAGAAAAUUGCUGAGCAAGAUGGUGGGAAAUAUGAAGCAGCUGUAUAUGCAUCCCAAUGUAGCAACUUAAUUCGCAUGCUUCCUAUCUGCACAGACUGGGAGUCAGCAUGCUGGGCAAUGGCAAAGUCAUGUCUAGAUGUUCAAGUGGAUUUAGAACUAGCUCGUCUACCACCUGGGAGAAUGGAUCAAAUUAGCAGUUUUGGAGAUGUAAUUGAUGGAAGUUCUGGACAUAGUGAUGGCACCGUUCAGCCUUCAGGUGGGCCAGAAAAUUGGCCAGUUCAAGUUCUGAACCAGCAGCCACGACAACUUCCAGCUCUUCUUCAAAAACUCCAUUCAAUGGAAACAGUACAUGAAAGUGUUGCUCGUGCUUGCAAGGAGCAGCAACGCCAAAUUGAGAUGAUUCUAAUGUUAGGGGAUAUACCGCGCCUGCUGGACCUUAUAUGGUCAUGGAUAGCACCUUCAGAAGAUGAUCAAGAUGUCUUUAGGCCCCAUGGAGAUCCUCAAAUGAUUCGAUUUGGUGCACAUAUAGUGCUUGUACUUAGAUAUUUACUUGCUGAUGAAAUGAAGGAUACUUUCAGAGAGAAAAUAAUGAGUGUUGGUGAUCUCAUUCUACACAUGUAUGCGAUGUUUCUGUUUUCAAAGCAACAUGAGGAGUUAGUGGGUAUAUAUGCUUCUCAGCUUGCACGUCACCGUUGUGUUGACCUGUUCGUGCACAUGAUGGAACUAAGGCUGAACAGCAGUGUUCAUGUCAAAUAUAAGAUCUUCCUUUCUGCUAUGGAGUACUUACCAUUUUCUUCCGGGGAUGAUUCAAAAGGAAGUUUUGAGGAAAUUAUUGAGAGGAUUUUGUCAAGAUACCGGGAGCUUAAAGUUGGUAAAUACGAUAAGUUAUCGGAUGUACUAGAGCAGCACCGGCUUCAGAGUCUUCAAAAAGCUAUGGUUAUCCAAUGGCUUUGCUUUACACCCCCCUCGACAAUCACUGAUGUUAAGGAUGUUAGCACAAAACUUCUUCUGCGAGCACUGAUACAUAGUAAUAUAUUAUUUAGGGAGUUUGCUCUGAUUUCUAUGUGGAGAGUGCCAGCAAUGCCCAUAGGUGCACACAAAUUACUUGGUUUUCUUGCUGAACCUUUGAAGCAGCUUUCAGAACAUCAAGAUAACUUUGAGGCUUUUAAUGUUUCUGAUAAUCUAAGAGAGUUCCAAGACUGGAGUGAGUAUUACUCCUGUGAUGCGACAUAUCGCAAUUGGCUCAAAAUUGAGUUGGAGAAUGCAGAGGUUUCUUCCAUUGAACUCUCAUUGGAAGAAAAACAAAGAGCCAUUUCAGCAGCCAAAGAGACACUGGAUUCUUCUCUAUUACUGCUACUAAGAAAAGAGAAUCCUUGGUUGGCUGCAUCUGAAGAUUCUAUUUAUACGUCAGAGGAACCUUUAUUUCUAGAACUGCAUGCCACAGCGAUGCUCUGCCUUCCCUCUGGUGAAUGUAUGUCUCCAGAUGCUACAGUGUGCACUACUUUAACGAGUGCCCUUUACUCUUCAGUGACUGAGGAUGUUGUGCUAAAUCGGCAGCUAAUGGUGAAUGUGUCUGUAUCAGCAAGGGACAAUUACUGCAUUGAGGUUGUACUUCGCUGCUUGGCAGUUGCAGGUGAUGGAAUUGGGCCACAUGAGCUGAAUGAUGGUGGUAUACUUGGUACUAUUAUGGCUGCUGGCUUCAAAGGUGAGCUUCUUCGAUUUCAAGCAGGGGUUACAAUGGAGAUCUCCCGUUUAGACGCUUGGUAUUCAAGCAAAGAUGGUUCUAUAGAAGGCCCUGCUACAUACAUUGUGCGUGGUCUUUGUCGUAGGUGCUGUCUUCCUGAAGUCAUUCUUCGGUGCAUGCAGGUCUCAGUUUCACUUAUGGAGUCUGGCAAUCCACCUGAAAGCCAUGAUGAAUUGAUUGAACUGGUUGCUUGCCCUGAAACUGGGUUUCUUCAUUUGUUUAGCCAGCAACAAUUGCAGGAAUUUUUAUUGUUUGAGAGGGAGUACUCAAUAUUUAAAAUGGAGCUUCAGGAAGAACUUUCUUGUUGAUCAUUGCUAUGAAUGUAAAAAUCAAGGUCUUAGUACAGGGCUUGAUAGGAUUGUAAAAUUGAUGAGUUAAUGCCUUUCUCCAGUUAUGAAAGGAUUAAUUUUGUUGUAAAACGUGUUCAAUGCUGUCAAUAUCAAGGCGAGCUUCAUUA